AUGGUCGAGCGGUCUCCAAGUCUGUACGAGUACCGACACACUAUCGCCGCCGUCAUCUCUUCGGCGGGGCCUCUGGUUGGUCUUCUCGGCUUCUUGCUCUACGCGCUCUUUGUGGCCUUCCCGUUCGCGUUCAUCGUCGCUGAACUCUGCUCCGCGUUUCCGAAAGAUGGCGGCUUUACGGUCUGGGUCUUGAACGCGUACGGCCCGUUCUGGGCCUUCCAAGUUGGGUACUGGUCGUGGGUCGCCGGUGUGCUGCGAGGAGCGUUGAUGCCCGGGACGCUGCUAAACCUGCUCACAAGAUACUACAACGUCGAGGUCAAGUCAUCCGUGGCCGCGUACUUCAUCAAGGCAGGAAUUGGCAUCGCUCUGGCCAUCCCCACCUUCUUGGGCACGCGCACGGUCGGUCGACUGAGCUUCGUGGUGGUGGUCGUCGUCAUCCUCUUCUUCUCCGUGUUUACGAUCUGGUCACUGGCCAACGCGUCGGACUUCGACGACAUCUUCCAGGUGCGGCGUGAGAGCGUCCUGUACGAUCCUGCGGCGCACGACGAGAUCUCGAAGGGCGACAUAGCCAUCGAGUGGGCGACGCUGCUCAACACGCUUUACUUCAAGUUCAAGGGCAUCAACAACGCGUCGGUCUUCGGCGGCGAAGUCCAGAACCCCGCGCACUCGUACGCGCGCGCCAUCGGCUACACGUGUGUGAUGAUCCUCGUGACGUACAUGGUCCCAAUGAUCGCUGGCAUCGCGACGGAUGCUAUGCCCUGGUUCCUGCUGGACCGCGACGCCUUCCCGUUCUUCGCGUACUUUGUCGGCGGCAGUCCGCUGCGUACGCUGGUCCAGAUCGCAACGUGCUGCGGCUCGGCCGGCAUGUGCAUGGCGGCGCUACACGUCAAGACGUUCCUGGUCAGCGGCAUGGCCGGGAACCGCCUCGUGCCCAAGGUGCUGUCCAAGCGGCAUCCCAAGUAUCAGAGCCCGUACAAUGCCGCUCUGCUCACGCUCGUGCUCAUGCUGGCGCUCAUCAACCUGGACUUCGACAGCAUGCUCGUCAUGACGAACGCGUACUCGGCCGGCGUCCAGCUCAUGAUCAUCGCCACGAUCAUCAAACUUCGCAAGGAGUUGCCAUACAUCGCGCGUCCGACCAAGGUGCCAGGGGGAGUGCCAGCGCUGUACGCCAUCGCGGUGGUGCCGACCUUCAUGUUCGGCUAUAUCACCUUCUACGCGUGCACCAGCCUGCUGUCGGCCAUGCUGAUGCUCGCGUUCUUCGUCCCGGGGGUGCUCUACGCCGGCUAUCGGUUCUACUACCGCCGCUCGCUGGUAUGA